AUGGCCUCGGAGGAGAUGAAAGCGACGGAGGUGGCGGCGCUGCUGGAUCUGAAGCCGCACCCGGAAGGCGGCUUCUACGCCGAGACCUUCCGCGACGGCUCCGUCACGCUCACCACCUCCCAGCUCCCGCCCCACUACAAGGUUGACCGUGCUGUUAGCACUGCAAUCUACUUCUUACUUCCUGCAGGGAGUGUUUCACGUCUCCACCGCAUUCCCUGUGCUGAAACCUGGCACUUCUACAAUGGAGAGCCUCUCACGGUCUUUGAGCUUCACGACGAUGGUCACAUUGAUCUUACUGUCAUUGGCCCACACCUUGAGGCUGGCCAGCGCCCCCAAUAUACCGUGCCACCAAACGUGUGGUUUGGCUCCUUCCCCACACUAGACGUCGAGUCGUUCGCAUCUGAUGGCAGCGUUCUUGUCAAAUCUCGAAAGAGGGACCCCGAGCUGCAUUACUCCCUUGUUGGAUGCACCUGUGCCCCUGGCUUCCAGUACGAGGACUUUGAAAUGGCCAAAUUUGAGGACGUGAGUUCCAUUGCUCCCAAGGCUGAACCCUUCCUCAAGUUCCUUAUUCCCUCUACCGAGUAA